AUGCUUCUUUCGAUCUUUAGCGCCUGGACUGUUUCCCUUCCACUCCUUUGGGUCUUUGUAACAUGCGCACAGUCUAGCGGUACUCAAGAGCCAUCCCAGGCAGCCGACGUCGAAAAUCAACUACAAUCGCUAUUUCAGAUGAAUCUGGACGAAGGUCCCAUUCUCCUUCACGAAACUGGCCAAUGUCCUACUUCCCCCAAACCAGGCUGUUCCGACCCAACGUGCCUUGGACCCGACUACAUUUCCCCAUUUCAAUUUCAAUGCCAAGCUACAGCAAUUACUCAACGAGAGGGCAGAGACGUUAUCCUAGCAGGCUGUCGCUGCUGCCCGCCACAGAUCGAUGUCAUGUGCGACAACCACGAUUGUCGUGCCCCCGAAGGAAGCAGAACGUGUAUCUCUGAGGAGCUGCAGGGGUGUCCUUGCGACACGACUGAGGAUAUGAUAAGGAGAUAUGAGACCGACACUAGAUUUGAGGAUUAUGUGUUCUACGGGGAGGAAGAGUUUGAAGAUAUUAUUGAGGUUAAUGAUGAUGGGAUGGGACCGUGGUUGGCGGCACAAAGUGGCCAGACACGAGUAAACACACCAACUCUGGGCGGUUCUUUUCAUCUACAGAAUGUGACUACACAAACCUCUAACGUGGUGGCGCUGCCAACGUUAAAUAUCAAUCACCACCUUCUCCGCGUCAACAAAGAUGCUCCACUAGAUCGCCUUUUAUCAUCAUAA